CUCUCUCUCUCUCUGCGUUUCUCUCUCUAGACGGUGCAAUAGAAACCCUAGUGAUCACAAUCUCCAAUUCUCUUGUUUUCUCCAACCCAAUGCAUCACCACCCAAAGCCCCACAUCCUUCGAUGGGUCAACUAAAGUUGAACUUCACGUCAUCCCUCCUCCUCUCGCUGGUCCUUUUCUUGAUCGUCGAUUUCCCUUCUUCUUCCAGCGGAACCUCAUCAUCGGCCGCCGCGUCUUCAGGCGCAACUCCACCGACUCGCCGACAACAGCUACAGGAGUUCCGCAUCAAGAAUGUGCCCCCGCCUCCGUUCCUGGACAGAGGAUACCACAAGAAGAGGAAGGCUGCGAAGCGGAAACCGCCGACUGAUGACCUGAGGACCAGGCCGUUCUCGGUCAUGCUUCCCAAGGGUUCUGUUCCUCCUUCUGGUUCAUCUCCGUGCCACAACGACAACCCUGUCGGAUCGGUUGCGGUGUACUGUAGCCUCUCGACCACAAAAGGCCACCGAUUGAGGCCGUGAGGAAAUUGGAUUACCAGGCGACUAUGCAGAGAGGAAAUAAGGUGGUUCGUAUGAUGAAACUUCCUUUUUAAAUUUUUUUUUUAUGUUAAUUGUCAUCCUUUCUUUUUCCUUGAUGCCAUUUCUUUUCUGGCUCGCUCUUGCUCUUGUUUCUCAACACAUACUCGUGUAAUCAACCCAGGAUGGUUGGGUUGUUCGUACAGUCAUCUGAUCAAGAACUGUGCGAUUUCGCCUCUAUGAUGAGAUAAUGAACAUGAAAUGAUGGCAGCAAACAUUUAUACCAAC